GGGGAGUUCGCCGGCGUAGGCAGGCGUGGGCUGCCCGCAUGACGGGAAGCUGCCCAAUCUCGCACCGCGCUGCCGAAACCGGGCCGUGCGCGCGCUCCCUUGGACAGAUGGGGCUGCCUUAAAACUGGCUUGUGGCAGCUAAAAAUGGGCCUCCUCGCCUUCUGCGCCAACGCCGCGGCCCUGUCGCAGGGGAAAUGGGUCGCCUGGCCCAAGUGCCAGGGCUGCGCGCGGCGUCUUGAUGGUAGCGAUUUUACAAAGGCGGCCGGCGUCGCCGCCCCGCCGUCGGACGGCCCUGAUAAUGUAGAACCGCGCGUCUGGGCGCCGAACAACUGUGCGUUGCGCGUAUUUGAUGGAAAGGAGGCGAGGGCGUGUCUCCGACGGAGACCGCUGGCGCUCGUGGGCGACGCGACGACGCAGGGUCUCUUCGACGAGCUGCGACUGCUCGCGUGGGACUACGAGUUCCCGGCGGGCCCGCCGCCCGUGGGCCUGACGUACGUGCAGCGGCCAGCGCGCCUCGAUUCCAGACUCGCACAGAAUAUAAAAAGCAAAUACGAGCCGCACAUGGUUGUGGUUAAUGUGGGCGGGAACUUCGUCCGGUCCUUCGUGGCGCCGCGGGCGCUAUCGAAUUGCCGCGCGUACCUCGGCAGCUUCCUGCGACGCGUCCCGCACCCGACGAUGCCGCGCUUCCUGGUCCAGAACGGGUCUGGAAUAGAGGAGCGCCACGUUGUCAUGGAGCAGUUCCCGGGAUCCUGGAAGGGCGCCCUCACUCAGGCGCGCCAGACGCGCUGCGGCAUUCACGCCGGCCGGGCCGCCGAGCGAUUAGAGAGGGGGGUGGACGGGGUGCGGGCGUUUCUGGCGGCGCUGAACGGAACGCGCGCCGUCUGGCGCGCGUCGGCCCUGAACCUCGGGACGGACGUGGACCCCGGCGACCGCGAGCGCGUGAACGCGCUCCUGCUCGAGAUCAACAAGCGGGUGAAGGCCUUCGCGCCGGAGGUGCUGGACGUCGAGGCCUUCUCGGCCGCGCGGCCGGAGGCGUUCUUCUCCGACCGGUCGCCCCACCUCUUCUGCAGCUGCCCGGCCCACGACGCGGCGCGCGCAACCCGGCGGUGCUUCGACCCCGUCUGCGACGCUCAGAAAAGGCGGUCGCGCUUCGACAACGGCGAGCCGUCGCGCUACCUCGCCCAGAUGGUCCUCCACGCGCUCUGCGGCGGCGAGACGUUCUGAUUCCAUAUCUCCCCUUUGAUUGAUUGCCCCUUUCGAUUCCAGUUCUUUUCUAAUUUACUAGUACAGAC